AUGCGCGCGGAGGCCUCCGUGCUGCAGGCCCAGGUGGCCUUGAAGAUGCUGGUGGAGCAGCCGGACCUGCGCAAGGCGAUCUUCGGCAAAGCGUUGAAGCUGUGCCAGGAUAUGGACGACCAGCCGCUCACGGAGGCGUUGCACGCUUGCCAGAAGAUGGCGGAGGAGCAGUACGCCGGCCGGAAGUCGCCGCCCCUCUAG